UGCCUCGAACAUUCAUCGCCCGCUGACGAAAAGUGUCUGUGCAACCCCGCCCCCACAUCGCCUUCUCCUUCUUCACAAUGACUUCGACCAAUGCAUUGCCACCAGGCGAGGAACUCCGUGCCGGUCUUGCUCGCGAUGGCUUUGUCCUCAUCCCACGAGCAUUUUCAAAGGCAGAGGUUGGCCGCUUCAAGAAAGCAGCGCAGCACGCCACCGAGCGGGCUCGAGUUGGCGACUGGCCCUUCGUAAGGACGGUGCCAAAGCAAUUCCCACCAUGGCCACUUAACGAAGUAGGAUCAAAUGGCAUAUGGGGCGUCCAGCAUCUGCUGCACCCUUUAAUGCCACCACAAGAUCGUGAAGUCUUCGCUGAAAGCUACUUCUGCGACACAAUGACAGCUACCGUUACAGCUCUCUUGCAGUGCUCAGAGAAAGACCUGGUCAUGGAGCUGUACAAUAUGCUCGUUUGCCCUCCACGAGACUUUGCGCUGCGUUGGCAUCGCGAUGAUAUUGGCCCGCAAGUCUCGGCAGAGGAAGAACGGAAGCGUCUCGCAGAGCCCAUGAUGCACGCUCAGUGGAACCUCGCACUUUACCCUGAUAGCUCUCUGGUAGUGGUACCUGGCUCUCACAAGCGUCCAAGAACGGACGUAGAGCGUAAUGCAGAUCCAUACGAAGACAACAUUCCGGGACAGCAGGUCGUUCAGCUUAAUCCGGGAGAUCUUAUGUUCUACAACAACAACAUCCUCCACCGUGGCGUCUACGAUAGCAAGACGGAACGGAUGACAUUACACGGGACGAUGGGGUUGAGAGGUGCGGAUCCGGCACGAGCGCGCAACAUACUGCAGCAUGGUGUCGGAGACUGGGCCGCUGAUUGUGACUUCGGAGACUUGCCGGGCGGCAUGGCUGCUCUAGCGAAGGGCAUGCAGGAGAGCCUGAUCCAGAUGGGUACAGAACGUGAUGUGGGCUUCUCGCAGGUAGAUGAAUGAUCGUAAUAUUCACGUCUGUGUACCAUCGCC